AUGCAGGACAUAGUGGGGACUGAUAUGCCCAGAAAAGUCCCUGUCUUUGAUGGCUUUGCCCUCUUAUGGGGCUUGCUCUUUGGAUUAUUUGUCGCAAGUGCACCAGUCAUGGCUUGUCCCGGUAGUUGUCACUGUAUAGAGAAGAGUGGCAUGACUGUGGUUCAAUGUAUGUCUCGCAACUUGGAGAACAUCCCAUCAGAUCUUCCAAGAGAUACUGUUGUGCUACUUUUGGCAUCUAACCACAUCACCCACAUCCCAAACCAUGCCUUCAGAGAACUGCAUUACCUUCAGGAGCUGGACCUGUCUAACAAUGACAUAGAAACUCUGGACCUUGGAGCGUUUCAAGGUGUUUCCGACAGCCUCCUUGUCUUGGAUCUAUCAAACAAUCGCAUCCAAAGUGUCCCCAAAGAGGCAUUCGCGCGCCUACGAGCGAAAAUCAGCCUCUCAAACAACCCGUGGCACUGUGAGUGCACUCUGCAGGAGGUCCUGAGGGAGUUGCGGCUGGACCCCGAGACAGUGAACGAGGUGAUCUGCCACACGGCAGUGCAGGAGGAAUACGCAGGCAAACCGGUAAUCCAGGUGCUGGACUCAGGGAUCAACUUCUGCAACUUUCACCACAAGACCACUGACGUAGCCAUGUUCGUCACCAUGUUCGGAUGGUUCACCAUGGUGAUUGCGUACGUCAUUUACUAUGUGAGACACAAUCAGGAGGAUGCUAGGAGGCACCUAGAGUACCUCAAGUCACUGCCCAGCAGCUCUCAGAUCAGCAAAGACUUUGACACCAUCAGCACUGUUCUCUAG